AUGGCACUGGUAGGCCUGCCAGCCGAGGAGCACGUGGGAAGAACUUACCGCUUUGAGCUUCUCAGAAACAGUAGCCUGGAGCAUGCUGGCACCUUGGAGGACCGCCUGAGGCACCGCGAGCGCUGCUUCGGCACCCUCCGAGCAUCCUGGCAGGUGAAGAACAGCUUCAGUGCAUGGCGGUCACUUGUUGAGACACAGAAUGAAGCGUUUCGAGCGCAGGAGGACCAGGACGCCCAGUUGAGGGCAAUCUUCGAUUUGCAAGAGCUGCUUGCACAGAAGGAGUUGGAAAAUCGACAGCUUUCCCUGAUGCUGGUAACCAGCGAAAGAAAGCGGUCGACCCUGGCACACAGCGUGCAUGUCAUCCAGACGGGCGCUUCGGAUCUCGUGAUUUGCAUACGGGUGUUUGCUGCCUGGCGGCGCCUCAGCGUGGAAGGUCGUCUGACGGGCACACUGCUCCGCAUCGAGGCUUGUCUUCAUCAUCCUACGCCUCUGUGGACACGUAUCGGCCAGUAG